AUGUCUUUCCUUCAUAAUCAUUCUUGCGAGUGCGUUAAGUCAGAAUUGGAUUUGUUUGCACUACCGUCUACACAAACUAGCAUUGAAAAUGGAUUGUGGAUUCAUUAUAAACCAAUUUCAUCUCUUGGUGAUGAUGGACCUAUCGAGUUUCAAGUUCCUGGGACCGGCGAUGACUACAUAGAUUUGUCUCAUACAUUACUCCACAUAAAGGCAAAAGUAUUAAAUCAAGAUUCAACUAACUUGGUAUCUACUACAAUAGUAGCACCUGUAAAUAAUUGGCUGCAUUCACUUUUUAGUCAACUUGAUGUUUAUUUAAACCAAAAACUUGUAUCACCACCUAAUAAUACCUAUGCAUAUCGAGCAUACAUGGAAACCCUUUUAAACUAUGCCCCUGCUGCUAAACAAUCUCAUCUUACUUGUAGUCUUUGGUAUGAGGAUACAGCAGGAAAAAUGGAUUCUACAGAUGGUAAAAACAUAGGAUUUGUUAAAAGACAGGAAUUGAUUAGUGAAAGUAAGGAAAUAGAAAUGAUUGGUCAUCUUCACGGUGACAUUUUUAACCAAGAUAAAUUUUUAAUUAAUGGUGUUGAAAUGAGUGUUAAAUUGGUUCGAUCAAGAGAGAGUUUUAAUUUAAUUGUUGGGUCGAACGAUGUAAAGUUUAAAGUUUGCAUUACGGACGCAACUCUUAUUGUGCGACGAGCACGAAUUAAUCCAAGUGUAUUACUCGCACAUCAAAAAGUUUUAGCUUCUACCACUGCUAAAUAUCCUAUUACUCGAGCUGAAGUAAAAGUUUUAACAAUUCCUUCAGGUGUUCAAGGAAAAACUCUUGAUAAUAUAUUUUUAGGACAGGUACCGAAAAGAUGUAUAAUUGGAUUUGUGAACAAUUCUGCAUUUAAUGGUUCCCUUGCUAAAAAUCCAUUUAACUUUGAAAACUAUGGUAUUAAUUCUUUCAGCUUAUAUAUUGAUGGUCAACAAAUACCUUCAAAAGCUUUGCAACCAUCUUUUAAUAAUAGCAUAUUUACAUCAGCAUAUCAUACUCUAUUCUCGGGAACUGGUAUUCACUUUCUUAAUGAAGGAAAUGGAAUCUCUUGUGAACAGUAUGGCAAAGGUUACUGUCUAUUAGCAUUUGACUUAACUCCUGAUUUAUCAGCUAACUCAUCAACUCAUUGGAAUCUCAUAAAGCAUGGUAGUGUAAGAAUAGAAGUACGAUUUGAAUCCUCAUUAAUACAAACAAUUAACUGUAUAGUUUAUGCUGAGUUUGAUAAUAUUAUUGAGAUAGAUAAAAACAGAAAUGUUACUGUAGACUAUAGUAGUUAA